AUGACAACUUCCACGAAAUCUACGCCAGCGAGCAAGCUCAUACGACCCAUUCCAUUCACGCCCAAACGAACGGUAUCUUCAACCGACAGCCUCAGUAGCAUCGCACGCCCCUCACGCUCGACCACCCCUAGCCUCCUUGGCUCAGCCAAGAAAUUCAAGGCAGCACUCUCGUCUGAGUCUCGUACACGGCUCAUCACACGGCCCAAGUCUGCGCUCGCUUCUGUUCCCGGAUCGCCGACCAAGUCAGAUGGCGGGAGACCAAAGACUCCCAGCACCCCGCGGAAGGAUGCAGACAGUCCUUACUUGCAUCCUCAAAUGAGCGAGAUGGAUGUUAGUAGAAUAGACCCAGAAGAGGCUCUUGUUGACUUCCAAAAGCUCGAACCUGGCGACAUUUCCGGCGAGAUUGACGAGGCAGCCUUGGUCGAGGCAAACUACGGCAAGGAGGACAAAGUUUUAGUCUCUAUCAGGAUCAGACCAACUGAGAGCACUUCAGCAUGGCAAGCGGCCGACACGAUACCCAAGACCAUCAAGUUGGACCAACAAUGUGCCAAGUCGAGCGCUACACCACCGCAAGAAUUCCGUUUUGAUGAAAUUCUCACUGGCUCAGAAAACAAGCCCGUAUACAAUGCAGUCGCUCGGAGCCAUGUCUGCGCCGCCAUGGACGGCUACAAUGCUGUCAUUUUCGCGUACGGACAAACUGCAAGUGGCAAGACCUUCACUCUCACUGGAGACGAAGAUCAGCCAGGAAUUAUACCCCGAGCAAUGAAGGACGUUUUCGGGUACAUCCGCCGCACGCCCACCCGCGAAUAUCUGCUGCGCUGCUCUUACCUCGAGAUUUAUAACGAAACCAUCCAUGAUCUUCUCGCACCACCGACCUCCAGCGUUUCACAGCCCGUGCAAAUACAGGGUACAGGUUCGAACAUUGUCCUCACACCGCUUCGUGAGGAGGUCGUUACAAGCUUGAAGAGUGUGCGAGAGGUGUUGCACAGAGGCGAAGGUAAUCGUCGGACAGCCAGUACCGACUGGAACGAAAGAAGUAGUAGAAGUCAUAGUGUAUUCCGAGUCGUCAUAGAGAGUAGGGAGAGGGGCUCAACGGACGAUUCCAAUACUCCGAGCGGAAGAACUACUCCAGGGUUCAGACCUCCGACUCCUGGCGGACCACGGUUGCAGGCUAAGGGAGACAGGAGUGUGCAGACGUCUGUUCUGAGUUUGAUAGAUCUCGCCGGUUCAGAGAAGGCUACUUCAGACAAGGAAAGAACUAGAGAAGGCAAGUACAUCAACACCAGUUUAUUGACCCUUGGUACCGUCAUCGGCACACUCGCAGAGAAUUCGGCUAAGAACAAGAACGAUCAUGUCCCCUUCCGCAACUCGAAGCUGACGCGGAUGCUUCAGCCAUCAUUAUCUGGCGAUGCACGUAUUUCUGUCAUUUGUACUAUAAACCCGACGACACAAGCAAUUGGUGAGUCAACAAGCACGCUAUUAUUUGCACAGAGAAUCAAGAAGGUUCAGUUACACGCACAGAAGAAGGAGGUCGUUGAUACCGAGGCACUCCUUGAGCGCUAUAGGAAGGAAAUCGAAGAGCUCAAGAAACGGCUUGCUGAACGCGAGGCUGAAGCUCCGGUGCGAACACGCCGACUCUCCGCGCGCGAGCAAUUGGAUGAAUCCAGGGCAAUGAACGACCUCAACGCCAGGAUUAAACAGCUCACGAAGCUGAUCCUGACGAGUCAGACAGUCGAUGAGACCAAAGGGGACGAAUCUCGUCCAGCAAGUCCUGCUAAGAUCGACUUCGACAUGUCUCCUUAUCAGUUGCAACAAGAGCUCUUGGCUGCGCGCCGAGAAAUGGAGACACAGGCUACACAGAUCCUGUCGCUGGAGGCGGCGCUCUUGGCGAGGCCGCAGCUACCUCCGGAUGCACCGGACAGCGAGAAGGACAAGCUGCUUGGAGAGCAAGCGAAGACCAUUCGCGAAUUGGAGAUUGUCGUCAAAGGGUACGAGGAUAACCUAGGAGAGCCACUACGAGCGGUGCGCGAGGAUGUCGAGAAAGAGUGGAUCGAGAAGCUCGAGAGGGAAGUCAGACGACGGGAGGAGAAGGAUGCAUGGGCAGACGAGCUCGUGAAGCAGCUAGAGAAGGAGAAGAAGACGCGGAUGAAAUUGGAAGAGGAGCGGCAAGCAUUGGCCGCUUUCGUGCGGAAAUUUGAUGCGUUGGGUGGACUGCCUCUCCCAAGCACGAAGCUAAAUCCGCCAAUGCCCACCCCUGGAGGCGCAGCUGCCUUGUUCGCUCAGCGGCAGAAGAGUCGCAUGCACUCCUUGGAGCUCGAGACACCGAUGUCGACGGUCGCAGAGACGGACUCGCCACUGCGAUUCAGUGCAGUGCAGCCCAGUCUGCUGGAGGAGCAGUGGGACCUGGUGGAGGAUCUGAGUUUUGAUAACGACAGACCCAUCGCUCUCCCCUCCUCCAAGAGCUCCAGCGCGAUGAAAAGCUCGAGAAGCCAUAUCUUUGAGGAGAAGGAGAAUGUACUGCCUGCAUAA